AUGCUCGUCAGUUCGAAGUCUGCGAGAAGAAGUAGAAAUGAUUUGGACUGGCAAGCAAUAGCCGGGGGCUGGCUUGACGUGCUGGGAUUUGGGACAAUCGUGCACAUACGACCACAGGGUGUGGAAAAUAGGGCUUCCCGUCCGCUCAGCCGUACUCAAGCCACACGCCGGGAAGUUAGUAGUUGGGUGGGUGACCACCAGCGAAUCCCUUCUGUUCUGUCGGAACGGACCGCUGGCACCAUCGUCAUUCCAAACACUUUUCCAAGGGGGAUUAAACCACCAGACACGAGGCAGGGGCUUGAAAAAGGCUCGAGGAGUGGAUGCGGACUAUGCUAUCUCUUCUUGGAGGCUUGUCAAACUUGUAUGGAAGGAUCACCCGAAGCAAGAGUCGGGAAUUCAGCAACGAACUUUCUUCGUCCCAUCAACCCAGAGCACGUACAGGAGUUGACGAUAAAUGCCGUGGGGGGAUCAAGGAGUAGAUCCUUUUACCUCUAUACCGAGAGAGAAAAUCCCGCCGCAACGGAGAUUGUCGCCAGACCACCCCUUCUUGAUGUAGGCUCCUUUGCAGCAUUCAAAGAGAUCAAGGAAACAAUUGACGAAUGCGUCACAAGCCACCCUCACUGCCCGGUCCCUCCUGCCAAUCAGCCGCUGCCUACGCGAGUUAUUGAUUGCCAGGACCCCACACGACCUCGUCUAUGGCACAGCGGAGGGAAGGUCGCACCAUACAUAGCCUUGAGUUAUGUCUGGGGUGAAGCGCAGCCAUAUUGUACUGUAAAGAAAAACCUGAAUUGCUAUUCGGCUUCUGGAAUAGAUGCAACCACACUUGGCCAAACCAUCCGGGAUGCUAUUCAAGUCACAGCUAGCAUUGGAAUCCGAUAUCUAUGGAUCGAUGCCUUGUGUAUAAUCCAGGAUUCCAAGACCGAUAAAAUUCGAAAACUCACCCGCAUGGGGUCGAUCUAUCGACAUGCAUAUUUGACUUUGAUUGCCUCGAGCGCCCACACCGUCAGUGCUGGAUUUCUGCAAACUCGCGCCCUCGGCCCUGAGUACGCGCAGCAUGUUCAACUUCCGUUCCACUGCCGCGACGGGCGAGUGGGUAGCGUAUAUGCAUACACGCAAGAGCAACCCUGGCUGGUUUAUGAUGCCCUUCAAGAGCCAGUCAACACUCGUGCGUGGUGCUUCCAGGAACGUUUGCUGUCACCACGAAUAUUGGCUUACGCCACCAAUUCCAUCCAGUAUCACUGCCACACUGCUCAAGCGGACAUUAAAAAUGCAGUCAGCAGCAGACCGGUCGGCGAACAACUCGACGCAGUCAUGUUCGGAACCAUCGAGAACAUUGAUCCGUUGUCGCACCUGGCUACCUGGAACAAAUAUGACUGGGACGGCCUGCAUGAGCUGUGGCGGAUGAUCGUUGCAAACUACACAUGUCGCUCGCUCACAAACCCUGAAGACAAAUUGAUAGCCUUUUCCAGUGUUGUGGUGGAGUUUGAUCGAGUGUGGCGAGUCAAAGCAGGUCAAUACUUGGCGGGGCUGUGGGAAAAACGCUUACCUAGUGAUCUCCUUUGGGUUCGCACUCAGGCCGAGGACCCGAGAGGGUAUGAUUUACUGCGGCCUCGGCCAAAGGGAUCAUUCGCCCCGACAUGGUCGUGGGCAUCGACGGACGGACGUAUUCUCUCCGAUCAGUCUCAGUGGGACGAACUACAUACUGACUGCGAAGCUGAUUGCAAGGUCUUGAUGUGCAAUGUGACUCCGUGUGACGAAAAUCUGCCGUUUGGUCAGGUGAGCAAGGCAUCUCUGUCCUUGCGCGCGCAAGUUUUACCUACACCAUGGGUCUUUCUGCCUGGCCAAGAGCCAGAAGUAUUUUGGAGCCUGUACAUGCCUAGUCCGCGCUUACGUGCACAACUCAAGGCCACAGACAUAAAUAAUGCUCCCAUUGUUGGAAAGAUAUCUCAAGCGGGCGACUCAAUGGAAACCACCGUCAAGCACGUUCAUUUCGACGCCAGUCGGUUUCACGGAGGGUGUAUAGCCUUCGAGUGCGGUAUGGUCGCAGAUGAUACAUUACUGCACUAUAUGGGUGAUAUUACUAUCUGGUUUGAUACCUCGGACCCCUUCCCACCUGAGCAAGCAAGUGCCAUUGUUGUCAAACGAUGGGAAGUGCCUGGGGACCCAGGUGCGGAUGGGCUUCUACUUGUUGAUAUUGGCCACGGACAAUUUGAGAGGAUUGGGUGUUGGAAGUCAUUUUUUUCUCGAGAUAUUUACCCACUUGAAACCGGCCACUCUCUACACGAGUAUCUUCAAGAACGUCAGCUCCUCUGCCACUGUGGCUUUAAUACUUACUUCAUCAUUGAUAUUACCCUUAGCUAA